UACAAAGUAGACGAUGUGAGUGGCGUGCGUGCGAGGUUCUGUGCAAAUAAUUCCCCUUUUACUAUGACUAAUCACAAGAUUCAGUUUGUGGGCUCGCCCUGUGGCCACCACGGCAAUUACACGUUCUACAAAGCUUUCAAAUACACACUCCAUGGCAAACAGCGGAUAUUGUCCUUGGGCGAGUUCUUCUUCGUCAGGAUCUGGGAGGAGGAAGACAUCGUGUCCGUAGGCGAGGCUCAGUUACUGUGGGAGGAUCGCUCUUCCGGACAGAUCCUCGUCUCGCUCAGGAUCUACUUCCUUCCGGAGAACACGCCGGACGGGAGAUGCGAGGAACACGGAGAGCACGAGGUGGUGUCCCUGUCGGAGAAGGUGGUGUUGCGGGCAGAGGACGUGAUCGGCUGGAUGCGGGCGGCGGGCGGCGUCAAGUGGGACAGAGGCCUCCUGGGCGUGUACUGCCCGCCCACCCAGGACACCAACGCGCCCACGGACGCUCAUUACACACCGCCAAUCUCAGGAGCGCUGGACAUCAAGGAGAUCAUGAGAGAGAAAAAGUUAAUAGGUGAUGUGGUAGAACCAAACAGCUUACACAUAAUCAUCCUCGCCUUCGACAAGUACUGCCGCAUGCGGGCGCUGCUCAAGCGCUUGGAGGGAGUCGAGGAGGAGUUCAUGCGCAGUCGAAUCAUCGUGGCGCUGGGCGGCUUCGUGGUGCCCUCCAGACGCACGAGAAUGCUCUUCUGCAGAGACGUCUUCGAUUACCCAGAAUUAGAAGGCCACGACUUAUUAUGUAAUCAUCUCUUCGAUGCAAGUAAUGAGUCACUUCUCCCCUUCUCCGCAGCGCCCAAACUGCAAGGACGGCCGAGAAAGAAGCGGAAGAAGCCUACGGACUCGGAGUCGGAAUCCUCAGAGACGUCGGAGGACAUUCGGCCGCGCCUGAAGGGGAAGCCGGGACUCACCGCCAAGCCCAACGGACUCCGUGUCCUCGACCGCAAGAGCACCUCGCGCUCGCACUUGUCGCAGGUCAAGAGCGACUUCUCGACACCCGCCUUGAAUCGUCUAAUAGAGGUCGACUUCAUGUCCAAACUCCACAAGUUCAUGAAGGACCGCAACACGCCAAUCACCAGACUACCACACAUAGGUUACAGACAAUUGAAUGUGUUCGAAUUAUUCACAAGAGUGCAGCAACUCGGUGGGUUUGAUGCUGUGAGCGAGAAGAAAUUGUGGAAGCUCCUGUACGAUGAAAUGAGCGGUUCGCCUACCUCCUCCUCCUCCUCCUCAGCCAAUCCGCCACACAAUGCACAGUCCUUCUCCAGUAUCAUGAAGCGUCAUUAUGAAAGACUACUGCUGCCAUAUGAGAAAUUCUUAUUACAAGAGCAGAAGAAGCUGUUGGGCAUCGGAGCCCCCAAGAGCAGCAAGGUAAAAUCAGAGCCAGGAGAACCCUCCGUUUCCAUCCUCCAGCAUGUGCCAAGUGACAACAAGCCCUCUCUCAAGUUGGGGGGAACCUGUCCCAAGCUGCUACCUCCCCACGUACCUCCUGGCCACCAUGGUGGGGCGCAGGAGGCACAUGGGUUGCCCAGUGGGCCUCUCACAGGGUCUUUAGGUGCUGCGCCAACUGUGGGUACACCACCCCAAGCCAGCCCUGCGCCACCGGCCUCUGUCAGUCCUCCAACAACACCAACGGAGCUGACGGUAAGUUCACCUGCGGCGACAACACACAAUCUGCUGCUGCUGCUGCUGCCUGGUGACCUGGCUUGGUGCGCCCUAACCACCCUUCCUCAAACCUUCCUGUCCUGCUUGACUCCUGUCCACUCAUGGGCUAUGAAGACAAUUAAUACUCCCAGUACUACAUAACCAACAUUCCCUGUAUAGCAUUUUGUUAGUACUUACCAAAAACAUCUCUACAGCUUAGAAGAUGGGGGGUUCAUUUGAUUUUAUUAUAGAUAUUCAUAUAUAUAUAUUUUUUUUUACUUAUAUACUUCCCCACCCCCCUUCUUCUCGAAAUUAUUCCAAGAGAACCUUACAUAAGUUUCGAAAAAACAGGAAUGACCAGGUGGAACUCGGUUACAAGGGCAAAGUAGCAGACCUCCCAAUGGUCAUGUGGUUCUCAGGGUCAGAUUAGAACAUUUUUAGGACCAUGAUUACCUGUAGGUCGUACCCUGCUCAGUUGUUUGCAUGUCCUAACCUUUUUUAUUUUGUAAUCAUAGUUUGAUAUUGUAAGUGGCUCUUUUUCUUUUGCCUUUUAGUUUUGGAAUGCUGUAACUUUGUGCAUGAUAAAUUUGUAGGCAUAAAUCUUUUACAAUUUAGGUACCUGAUGAUUGGUAUAAUAGCAAAAAAUAAAAUUCUCUAUGGUGCAUGCUAACCAUACUUACUUUCAGAAGAAAUAAUUGCGUAUCUGAUUUUCAACAUAAUAAAACUUUUAAGAAUUGUAAUAUUAAUAUUACUAAUCUCCUUCCUGUCUUGGAAUCUUAAUCUACAGUUCUUAAAGGAAAUUACUGAAGUGUUGAGUACUGCUAAGGUGGUUUCAUUGUCUUGUCAGAAUAAUAAUGAUAAUAAUAAAAAUGAUAUUGUUCUUGUAACAUUAAGCACAAUCCCUAUUGAAGAAUGAAAGGACCUGUGUUGGAAGUCAUCAGUAAAUAAAGAGAAGUUAAUUAUAAGAUCUCUUAGCUUUUACGUCCUUCCCAAAUAAAUGAAAGUGUUCCAUAGUUUUAUUAAAGGUUGACAAUUCUUUAAAAUAGUGCAAAUAGGUUUAAUAAGUUUGGAAUCUAGAUUUAAAAGGAUGUUAUUCCUUAGGUGUGUAUAAUGUGUAAUUUGAUUUUGUAAGGUAACAAUGGUGUAUUAAAUAGAAGAACAUCAUUAUUGUUAUUAUUAUUGUUAUUUUCAUACUGUUUUUAUUGUAUUUUCAUGGAAAUAUUACUUUUUCUGUGAAUAUAAGUAGUACAUGCAUAAAUACACUAAAUAGAUAUGAGAAUUGUAAUAACCUGCAACUACUCUUAACCAGUCUAACAUACUCUGCAUGGUAUGUGACAAAAUAAUGAGUCUAAAAGAUAACUGAAAACUAAUUUCAUUUACAGAUAUUUUAUAUUUUCUUCUAGAUGAUUUUAUGGCAUUGUUAUAUAUUUUGUGUUCUAGUGUGUGUGGGUGUGCACUUGAAAUUUGUUUAACAUCAAUUUAGUCAGUUGACAUUUUAUGUUUGAGACAUCUGAAGGUAAGAAAAAGAAAAAAGAUAAAUUUAUAGCACCUGUGGCAGAGAUUCCCAAACUCUGUAAAAGGAUUUUCAAGGGAUUUGUAACAUACUAUUACACACACACACACAUG